AUGGAGAAGUCUAUUCGACAGAGCAUUCCAGAUAAUGACAAUGCUAAGGAUUUUAUGAGAUUAGUUGGUGAGAAGUUUAAGACUUUUGACAAAGCUCAAAAGGGUCAAUAUCUGUCACUUCUUGAGAAGACCAAAUAUGAUGGUGUCAGUGGUGUUCGUGAGCAUAUGAUUAAGCUUGUGCACUAUUAUAACAAACUCAAAUCUCUAAAGGUAGAUCUUGGUGAUAGUUACUUGAUUUGCACUAAACCUGUGAAAAAGGGAUUCAAAGGUAAAUCUCGUCCUGAAAAAGGGAACAUAGGGAAAGCAUCAGUGAUUUUGGAUCCUAAGAAGAAGUACUUCAAGGGGAAUUGUGCCUAUUGUAAGAAAUUUGGACACAAGCUAGCUGACUGUUAUAUUCUUAAGAAGAAGCAUGUUGAUAAGGAAGGUAUACUCCUAUAUGCUCUAGCUUGUUUUGAAUCUAAUGUUAUUGAUGUUCCUCCCAAUUCUUGGUGGUUAGACUCGGGUGCCACUAUUGAUGUUGUGAAUUCUUUACAGGGGUUCAUAAGUCUGAGAAAACUAAGUGAUGUCGAGUCCAAGAUUAUCAUGGGAGAUGAAGCUAGAGCACUAGUAGUUUCUUUAAAUUUACCUUCUGGACAUGUUUUGUUAUUAAAAGAUGUUGUUUAUGUACCUUCUAUGAGAAGGAAUUUGAUUUCAGUUUCAAUUUUAGACAAAUGUGGCUACACUUUUGAAUCUGGCAAUGGUAAACUUGUUUAUUUCAAUUCAAUUAUUGUUGGCUCAGGAGUUUUAUAUGAUGGACUUUACAUGCUGAAUCUGAAUGAUAUGUUUGUUAAUUCUGUUAUUGGACAUAAGCGUAGUAGAAUUGAUGAAAAUUCCUCUAUGUUGUGGCAUAGACGUCUGGGACAUAUUUCUAGACCUUGGAUUGAGAGGUUGAUUAAAGAAGGUAUUUUGCAUGAUCUGGAUUUUUCUGAUUUUGAUACUUGUGUUAAUUGUGUUAAGGGAAAGGUUACCGCAAAAGUAAGAAAUACAGGAGCAAACAGGAGUGAUAAUGUGUUGGAGCUUAUUAAUACUGGUAUAUGUGGACCUAUCACACUCACUUCCAUGGGCAGAUAUAGAUAUGAUGAGACUAGAAGAAAUCAUGGACCUUUCGCUAGAUUUCUUGAUGAAUGUGGUAUUGAAGCUCAGUAUACUAUGCUUGGUAUUCCUCAGCAAAAUGGAGUUGCAGAAAGGAGGAAUCACACUCUUUUAGAGAUGGGAUGUAAGGCAGAGGUGAGACCUUAUAAUCCUCAGUUAAAAAAACUUGAUCUCAAGACUGUCAGUGGGUUCUUCAUUGGUUAUUGUGUGGGUUCUUGUGGUAGUAGGUUUUAUUGUCCUUCUCACUAUAUGCGGGUUAUUGAGUCUAACCGUGCGAUAUUCUUUAAGGAUGACUUGGACAGUGGGAGCAAUACACCACGACCAGUCACUUUUAGAGAAGACCGUGUUGUUAUUCCCGUGCCAUCCAUUUAUCUUCCUGCAGAUAAUGUGAUUCCAGUUGUCCGUGAUGAAAAUGAAUUUGUUCCAGAUCUCUUGGAUGCCACAUCACCUGUAAUAGAUGAACAAGUUCAUGAUGAUGUUGUUAAAGAAAUUUCUUUGAGGAGAUCUCAAAGAGUACGCAGGUCUUCUAUACCUGAUGAUUAUCUUGUGUAUCUUCAAGAGCAUGAAUAUGAUCUAAAUAAUGUUGAUGAUCCUACUACUUUUGCAGAGGCUAUCUCUAGUUCUCAUGGUGAUGAUUGA